GGCCAGCGUAAUACACCAGAAGAAGACAACAUAAUAAUACGCUAGAAGAAGAUAACAUAAUACACUAUAAGACGAUAUUAUAAUAAUAGACCUAGAAACAGAAGAGCAUGACAGCUUCUGAUGCUAGGAUGUGGACGAUAGGAGAAUUGAGAGCGGUGCUCCAUCACCCGGUCAUCGGGGAUAACGCGGAGAUGCGGGGAUAUAUUCAACAAACCAUUUCAGAAUACCAGGAGGGAGUUUCUCUGUUACAAGGAGAGAAUAGUCGGAAAUGCAAACUGCUAACCGCAGCCUGGAGUCCCCAGGUUCGCUUGGACAGAGCAGAGGUCCUGCAGCACACGGCCUGUAGAGAGGCGCCCUCCCCCCGUCUGUUCCAGGUGGAGACAUGGACUCCAGGCACACGAGUCAAAGAGGAGGCGGAGCCAUGGAACCCAGGCCUACCAGUCAAAGAGGAGCGGGAGGAGCUGUUGGUCAGCCCUGGGGGAGACGGUGGUCAGGAGACGACGGAAGAGGACGUCAUCCAGGACCCGUCCUCUCCUGGUUCCGUGAAGACGGAAGACGAUGAUGAAGAAGAACUCGCUCUGCCUCCGCCUACAGAUCCAACGGAGGCUUGGCUGCCAACCGGGGACUCUGAAACAGACGUAAAGCCAGAACCACAACUUCUUUCCUGCGCGUCGGACCAGUAUGAGACAACCGAACCACAGCCUCGGCCCUGCUUGUUGGACCAGUAUGAGACAACCGUGAAGGAGGAAGCAGGUGAAGAGAGCGGCGCCAGGUCAGGAGUCCCAGUUGGAGACUUGCGUCCAGACUUGGACUCUGGAAUGCGGAUUGGACGACGAGUCAAAUUCGUGGAAAAGCUCUUCCAUUGUCCGGUGUGUGAACUCAAAUGCGUUUCCAAAGCUCACCUCCGGACACACAUGAGGGUUCACACGGGUGAGCGACCGUACUCGUGUCCGGACUGCGGCAAGGCGUUCACCACUAAGGGCGGGGCCAACAGACACAUCCGGGGGAUCCACCACGGAGACAGACCCUUCCGCUGCGAGUUCUGCACCUUCAGCUUCACGUUCAAGUCGGGCCUGAACCGACACCUCCGCGUCCACACCGGGGAGAGGCCGUACACCUGCUCUUUCUGCGGCCUCAGCUUCACGCAGAGCGGCAAUCUGACCACGCACAUCGACGUCCACCAUAGAAUAACGUCCGUCAAAUGCAAGAUGAAAGCGUGAUGGCUUAAAGAACCCUCAACUGGAGAUUAGAUCUCGUUACUGUUUAUAACAUGUUAUUGUAUUGUGCACGGUUUAUUAAAGGCAAGAUUUAUGUCCUGUUGCUCAGAAAUCAGGAACUUACAAAUUUCUCCACCUUUUCGGACCCUUUUUCCCAUCGAUUUGAGGUUAAGGAGAUAAACGCAGACCACGGUUUUGAACUCGGUCCGGUAUCGAGUGUGAAACGGUGCAUCAUUUCCUUCGGGGCAUCGGCCCACCAUCAAUCUAUGUCGUCGAUAAGUGCUCGUUUUUAUUUGUUGUUUCUUCUUGGGUGUUUUUUUCAAACUUGCAUACUGCACUGCACACCUUACGGUUAUUAAUAUUGAUUUAUUUGUAGAUGGUUAAGGGUUACUUUUUUCAUUAAACGGAAAGACCUCCUGUCUUCCACUAUUCAAAUGAAGAAAGGGCAUCUUAAGUGGCAUCUCAAAUGCUUUUCACUCCAGGAAAUAUCAACCAUUUACUACAACCUGUACAUUCCAGAUGAGUCACUGGUUCUGUUGAUCACCUUUUGGGCAAUGUGUGAAAUUCGCUCAAGUCCCAGGAAUUACUUCAUCAUCUAUCCUCAAUAAUGAUAAAUGAUAUAAUAGACCAGAA